UGCUUUGUACAGGGAACAGUUCCUUUAUGCCUUUUUCUUUUACAAACAUCAUCUAAUCAGCUUCUUGAUUAUUUGUUCAAAGGGAUUAGAGAUAACAAGAACAAAAAUCACAAAGAAGAACAAAAAUGGGAUCCAAAAAAUGUGAAGUAUGUGAUGAAGCAAAGUCGAAAUACAAGUGUCCCAGCUGCUUCAUACCCUAUUGUUCUUUGGUCUGUUUCAGGAAGCAUAAAGAAAUUCCAUGUGGAAAACCAAAACCGGAACCAUAUGCAGAACCAGCUUCUGAGGAAAAACUUGCUCCUGCUCCAGCAUUGCAUGUGGAGAAGCCAAUCUAUGUUGAUGAGCCAAGCGAAGCGCUGAAUCAGUCACAACUAGAGUCUAUAGCUUCUUCCACUGAAAUUGUUGAGGCUACGAGGAACAAAGAGCUUCAAAAACUCAUAAACAACCUGGAUUCUUCAUUGGAUGCAGAGAAUGAACUUGACAAGGCAAUGGAAAAGGAAGAAUUCCGCAUACUCAGUGAAAAGAUUUUGUCCAUAAUUAGUCAAUAAAGACGUUCAACACAGGAUGCAACAAGCAGUGCUGUAACGAAGGAAGAUCUUGUUAUUGGGUAUCUACCAAGAAGAUUUUGCUUGAAUCUUACAUUUUGCUUGAAGAUAUUAGUGAUACAACUGCAGGCUGUUCUAAUUCAGCAUGCUCUGCUCUUCUGCCCUCCUCCUCCCCCUUGCUUCCAAUUAUUUGUAUUUGUACCGUGAACAAAGUGUGUCGAUAUAGCUUUGUUUUUUUGGUCAUCGGUUUGACUCCGAUAGCCGGCUUUUCCUCCGAGAACUUCACUGACACUAUCAAUAUUUGAGUGAGGAGUCAUAAUUGA